AUGGCCCUGAGUCCAAUGGCUGGUGUGGUCCUCCAUGAAGACCCAAAGAUGACACCAAGUCUCAACUCUGGUACCCUCGCUGGGCCCAACAUGGAUGUGGCCCUUGAUCCUAUCUUGAGUCCACCCCAUAGUCCUGGGGUGCCUCUCGUUCCAGACCUGAAUCCAACUCUGAAUCUUGUUCCAGAAGAGGCCUCUGACCUAAUUCCUGAUAACACUGCCAGCUCCGAAGACAAUCUGAGUCUCAUCUCAAAGCCUGACCCACAGGGGUCCCUUAGUCCAGCCUCAAACCCUGUUCUGAGCCCAGGCCCUGCAGAGGCCACCUGUCUGAGCUCAGGGAACCACUCUGGGCUGAAUCCUGAGCAGGACUGCAAGCCCCUUCCGAGCAAGAUGUUUGAUUUGGGUCAGAGUAACUCCAACCCUUCCAGGCCCGAGUCGAGCUCAUUUAUGAGGCCCCAUUCUAGAGAAGCCCUGGUUCUGGGCCACUGUGUCUCUCGGUCGGGCUCACAAGCACCCCUUAUUCGAGUCUCAGACACUACUCUGGACCCUGACUCUAAUCAGCUUCUCGAUGUGGGCUCAAAAAACAUCUGCGCACUAAACCUGAAUGCUGAUGCAGAUUCUGGUGGCACCCCAAUCCCAGACACAAAUGAGACUCUCAAUUUGGCUCCAUGUAACAUCGCUGGGUCUAUUUCCAAAGGAUCCUUUGGUGCAAACUGGAGCCCAAGUUCAAAGGGGACCGUCAAUGUGGCUUCUGAUAGUCUCCCCAGACCUGAUGUGAACAUGACGGUCACUCAGGCCUCAUGCUUGACCCUGAUUUCUGCCUCGAGCGAUGGUGUCAGCAUGCAUUCCGCUGCCCAUGGCCCCAGGUCCUCCCUCUCRCCACCCUCAUGCCUGACUCUGAUCCUGGGCUCCAAUGAGACUCUGAGCAUGGGCUCCAGCCUCAUGAUCAGUGACACCUCCACCUUGACAUUGAGCAGCCAGCAGGAAUAUUCUGAGGACAAUAGCAUUCGCACCAUGCCCCUGGAGGGGAAUCUGGACAGCUGGGCCGAGGUGUGCAACAAUGUAGUCAACGACAGCUUCCCUGAGGGUCUGGGCCAUGCAGCAGGCGUUGGAAGCACAGCAUUUGCAGGACCUGGUGAGGGCCAGUGGGGCAGACUAGACAAGCUGGUGGACAUGCAGGUGGCACUAGAGUGUGAGCAAGACCAGCUUGCUGAGAAUGUCAAGGAUGUCCAGAAGGGCCAGGACCUGCUGGAAGGGGAAGGAAAGAAGAAGUCCAUGAUGAAGAAGAUGAUGAGGCAGAUCCAGGAUGAGCCGCUGGAUUCCCUUUCAAGCUCCGUCCGCCGGCAGGCCAUGGAGACCCUGACCCAACUGAGCCACACCCAGCCCAUCCUGGGUGUGCGGGAGAGGGCAGAGCUGGUGAACGCGUGUGUGCGGAGUGUGUUCUCACUGCCCUCCGUGCAGGCCAUGCAGGAGAGAGACGAGGCCAAAGCAGAGGAYAUCCAGACACUUUACCAUCAGACCUUGGAUGCUCUACAGACAUUGCUUAAUGCCCUCUUUAUUGAAGACCCCACUCCUGCUGGACUGAAGAGCAUCUUGGAGCCCCUAGGGCCCUGGAUGAACUCUGGGAAGGCCCACGAGCGAGCACGAGCUGUGAACAGCAACGUCUCCGUGUUGAACCACACACUCCUGACUCUGCCUUUCUUCAUGUCCUCGGGGUUCCCUGCACUGGGGCUCCUACUGGGGAGGCUCAUCCUUCGUAUCGGGGAUCCUGACGAGGAGAUUGGCCGGGAGGCGCUGGACGGCAUCACCAUCCUCUACACUAUCCUGGAGCUCCAGAAACGAGCCAGAGAUAAGGAAGAGACCAACAAGAAGGAGCUGUACGAGAGCAACAAGCGCUUCCUGGGGCCCUACAACCCUGUCAGCCCGUGCCAGAACAUCCUGCGUGUGAUCGCGGAAUUUGGAGACUUCCUGGGGCCCCAGCAGGUAAAGGACCUGUUGCUGGCAGCCCUGGAAGGGCUGAAAGGCGGCUCAGAGGCUCGGGGGAAAGACUCCGGGGAGAUGAUGCAGCUGGCCUCUGAGGUCACGCUCAGCUCAGUGCUGGAGUGGUACCGCCACAGGGCGCUGGAGGUGAUCCCAGAAAUCAUGCAGGGCAUCUAUAUGCAGCUGAGCCACAUCCAGGAACCUCGGGCCCGUGAGGUGGCCCUGCUGCCCGUCUCCCUCCUGGCCAGCUCCUUCAUGACGGAGGUUGUGGUGGCCCUGCUCAUGUGUCCCCUCCCGCUAGACAGUAAUGGAGCAGAGAUGUGGAGGCAGUUGAUACUGCGCAAGCCCAGCUGUGAUGUCCGAGACCUCCUGGAUCUGCUCCUGACCAGCUUGAAGGAAAAGCCAGUCACCAAGAAGGGCCGGGCCUCCAUUGUGCCCCUGGCGGCAGCCAGCGGCCUGUGUGAGCUGCUGUCCGUCAACAGUUGUGUCUGCCGCGUGAGGCGCAUCUACCCGCAGCUGCUGCUGGCCCUGCUCAUUCAGGUGCAUUACCACAUCGGCCUCAACCUGCCCGGCCGCGUGGCUCCUCGCAAGGAUGCCAAGACCAACGCACAGCCGCCUGCCUUCGUACCUGUGCACUGGGUGGUGAAAGUGGUGAAAACCCUGCUGCUGAAGAUGGGCUGCUCUUACGAGGCCGCCUCCCUGGAGGACCAGGGUGGCUGGGAGCUCAUGGGGCAGGCGGAGAACCACCAUCGCGGAGUGUCUCUGCUGGCAAGGGCCAUGGUGCACUACUCCUGCCAGGAGCUGUGCCGCAUCCUCUACCUGCUCAUCCCGCUCCUGGAGCGAGGCGACGAGAAACACAAGAUCACCGCCACGGCCUUCUUCGUGGAGCUCCUCCAGAUGGAGCAGGUGCGCAGGAUCCCUGAGGAGUACUCUCUGGGGCGGAUGGUGGAAGGCCUGAGCCACCMUGACCCUGUCAUGAAGGUGUUGUCCAUCCGAGGCCUGGUCAUCCUGGCCCGUAGGGCUGAGAAGACGGCCAAGGUGCAGGCCCUCCUGCCGUCCAUGGUGAAGGGCCUGAAGAAUGUGGAUGGGGUGCUCGUGGUAGAGGCGGUCCACAAUCUCAAGACCAUCUUCAAGGGGCAGGACCGGAAACUGAUGGACAGCUCAGUCUAUGUGGAGAUGCUACAGGUCCUACUUCCACAUUUCAGUGAUUCAAGAGAGGAUGUGCGCCUCUCCUGCAUCCACAUAUACGGGAAGGUGGUCCAGAAACUUCGGCCACCCCGCACUCAGGCCAUGGAGGAGCAGCUGAUCAAUACCUUGGUGCCCCUACUGUUGAUCAUGCAGGAGGGCAACACCAAGGUGGGCCAGAAAUGUGUGAAGACCCUGUUCCGCUGUUCUUGUUUCAUGACUUGGGAGUUGCCAAAAAAAGCUUAUAGCCGGAAGCCCUGGGACAACCAGCCACAGGYGGUGGCCAAAAUCUGCAAGUACCUUGUAAACACCCAUCGAGAGAAUGCCUUCAACUUCCUCGGCCAGAGCUUGGAGUAUGCUAAGAACUCAAGGGCCUCCCUCCGGAAAUCUUCGGUCAUGUUCAUAGGGUCCCUGGUCCCCUGCAUGGAGAGUAUAAUGACGGAAGAUUGGCUGAAUGAAGUGAAAGGUGCUCUGGAAAACUUGAGACAUGAUCCAGAAGCAUCAGUGUGCAUCUGUGCGGCCCAGGCCCAGGACCACAUCCUGGCCAGCUGCUGGCGGAACUCAUGGCCACUGCCACGUGGGGACUCAUGGAUGUGUGACCCAGCCACCACUCACCGCUGGAGCCCCAGCUGUGAGAAUCUGCCCACUUCCCACCAACGGCGCUCCUGGAUCCUGCAGGCACUGAAUUCCUGGAAGAUGUCCUUGAAGCAGUGA